GGAAAAAAGGAGGGGAAGAAGGAAAAAAAAAACUGCUUAAGCAACCUUUAGUGCACACGAAAUCGUCAGAACAUGAACGAGCGCCUCAUCCUACAUCCAAGUCUAUAUGGCAAGAAGAGGAAUUAGUGGAUUACAUUUCAUCUCUGCACCAGCACCAUAAUGGCAUCCUUGCAAGACCUGUAAGAAAAUUGCAGGACAGAAGAAAGGAAACAACUACCCAACAGUCUAGGAAUAAAAGGAACCUCAGGAAAAAAAAUGCCUUUUUUUGGCUGGAUGAAAUGGUCCAGAGUAGAGUCUGACAAGUCUUCACAAUACCCGGGUUCAGAAGUGGUUACCAAGACUUUAUUAAGAGAAUUGCAAUGGCACCUAGGAGAGCGAGAACGACUGCUGCAUGAGAUAGAGAACGAGCAGAGGGGACAGAAAGCGGGAGCGGAUUAUAACUGGCUGAGGAAUGAUUACAGCUUAAAGCCCAGCAUCCCGGUGACCGAGCAGAAACAGCUGGAGGUGCUGUGCUCCCAGAUUCAGCCGUGCCAUACAGGGACAGUGCUCAGCAGAUUUCGGGAAGUUUUGGCAGAGAAUGACGUGCUACCUUGGGAAAUUGUCUAUAUAUUUAAGCAAGUCCUGAAGGAUUUCCUUAAUUCCAUAGAAAGAGAAAAUCAACAGGUGAAGCUGCUGGACAUGUGGAAUCCGAACUGCCCUGUCAACUUCCCAAUUCCCAGGGAUCCAAACCUACACAAAGAGGAGAUACCAACAGUAUCCAGCUACGUGGAUAGGAAUACGCAAAGCUUGUUCCCAACCUUCUCACAUCGAAUCUGGAACCUGCCAUAUUACUACCCAUCAAGCUAGAGCAAGGGGGUUGGGGGUUUCACCUAUCCCCGUUAAACAGGUUGUUAGUGUACUUAAAGGGGUACUCUGGUGGAAAUCAAUUUAUUUUAAAUCAACUG